AUGAAUGAAUCAACUACAGAAUCAGAACACAGUAGCGUAGAAAGUGACAGUGAUAAUAUUGCGGAUAUUUCUUCCUCAUUAAUCAAAAAUGGCGAGGAAGCAUCUGAAGAAGAAGCAACUUUCAUUUCUAAACAACUUCAAGCCAAAAAUCGGAAAAAGAAAAAAUCCGGAGGAUUUCAAUCAAUGGGUCUAAGUUUUCCGAUAUAUAAAGCAAUACUGCAUAAGGGUUUUAAAGUGCCAACGCCUAUACAGCGCAAGACAAUUCCGCUUAUUAUGGAUAGGAAUGACGUUGUAGCCAUGGCACGAACAGGAUCCGGUAAAACAGCAGCAUUCUUGAUACCAAUGUUGGAAAAGUUAAAAACCCACUCUGCUAUGGUUGGUGCACGUGCAGUUGUAUUGUCACCAUCACGUGAGUUAGCACUUCAGACACAAAAAGUAUGUAAAGAAUUUGCAAAAAAUACCGACCUCAGAACUUGCAUACUGGUUGGUGGUGAUA